AUGGCCACCACCAUUACCUCUUCGACAUCUUCUGCGACAACCACAGGUCCCUCAGAAACCAUCACCGGCAAGACAUACACUGAUGGUGUGUCUCCUGGAGCAGCCGCUGGCAUUGGUGUUGGCAGCGCAGUCGCUGGCGCAAUAAUUGCUUCCGGUCUGCUGUAUUUGCUCUGGAUCCAUCGUUUGCGAGCAAGGCGAGCUUAUGGUGGCCACACGGUAGAGAAGUCGCAGUACGGCGGAGGUAUGAAAGGUCCGUGCGUCGCUGCAACACCAGCUAAAAGCGCAAUCGGCACGCUCGAUGCCGCUCUGCCUCAACCCAUGCAAGAUAGCGACAUAAAAGGCGAGAUGAGUCGGCUUGGUACCAGCAUAAAAAACCAUGUGCAGAGCUAUUACUCCGGCGCCCCGCUGUCGCAAGAUCUCUCGAUCUCUGCAGAGCAGUUAUUUCUGGUAGUUGGGACGGACGCACCAUCGAGUAAACGCCUGUAUCCAAGGUCUUCAAGUGUCAGAGCCGGAGCACCGCCGAGCGCUACAGUCGCAGUGAUCCGCUACAUCGUUGGCUGGACAAUCUUGCAGAGCAUUCAGCUGUUCGAUCCCACAGAGACCAAUCUGUUACCUCUCGGGCUUGCGAAAUAUCUGAGCAGCAUGGUUCCAGAGGCACGAGAGCCAGGUGGAAGGUUGAACCCCAGUAGCUCAGCAAACCGUGCGGUAGUAUCGAAAUGGCGGCAGCUUACUGCCAAGCUGCUGCAAGACAAGACCAGUGCAAGCAACGCUUUCCCUCUCAGCGAUCCUCGAAUACACAAUGUCGAAAAGCUGGCAAGCAGACUGGACGAGCUCCUAGCUCCUUAUGCAUCUAGUACAGAUGGCGGCCAGAGGCGGCAGCAGUUGGAAGAGCUCAUCAAGCGUGGAGCUCGGUUUGGCUGGACGCUGUUCUCGCAGCCGACGGAGUGGACCUUUGAUUGGGAGGCUGCAAGUGCAGGGCAGACUGUCGUCUAUCCGUCUUUGCUGCAGACCAGCGAUGACCAGGGGCAUGUGCAUCGCGAGCCUCUCCGUUUUACGGAUGUCCAGACCGUGGCCUUGCAGCGUAGCUAG